GUAGAAAAUGUGAUGUGCGUUUCUUGUCCUCAUCGGGAAUGGAUCUAGGAGAGUGGGAGUUUUCCGUGCGUGCCACUACUGAUAAGACAAUUUCUGAUCGAUGUCAUUCUGGCCGUAUCAACCAAUCAAUUUUAAAUGGUCUACUGAUGCUCGACUGGAAAGAUGAACAGAUAAAAUUAGUAAAA